AAUGUUCACAUCAGUUGUGGUAAUGAGAAUAAUGCUUUAGAUGUGUCUGGUAGGGAGACCGAGGGUGCAAACCCCAUUUGUGUGGAUCAUGAACAAUGCUGGAAUUCAAGAGAGAGCAAGUUUUACAGUAUCUGUGUUAUAGAUCCUGGAAGCCUGGACAAUGACGAUGAGCCAUGUGUGCACAGGUGUGGAGCAGCUGCCACAGAAGAGAGCCCCUCAGCUGUCACUUUUGAGGGGGUUUGCAGAGAGGCCUGGCCACCAGAUAACACUGCUGGAGGUCCAGGGGACUUAGAGGAAGAACUAUCUCCAGAUGGCCUGCUAGGUCCAAGUGAAGUGAAGGAAGUCUCUAAUGAAAAAACUGAGCCUAGUCUCGAAGUUUUGACUGAUAGUGACCCAUCUUGUAAAGGAAACACUGGUGACAUGCAGGCUCGGUCUUUAAGGGCAAACACUUACACUGGGUUCCCUACAGAUUACACAGAAAGUAAUCCAUUACAUAAUGUUGUCAUAAUACCUGAAUCAAAUACUAACAUAGACACUGACUCACUAGAAUACAUGUGUGCCAUCCCUGAAGAAGGAGAGAGACAUAGUUCAGUACUAUUAAGUCCGAUGGGUGACUCAGGUAUUGAUCUAAUUGACACUUCCAGCAUUGAACAAAGUGGUGAAACCCAGGCUGUAAAAGCAAAUGUAGAUCAGAGUUUAAACUCUGAAAAGGAAGGAGGAAAGAACUUUAUAAAAUUUCUAAAAGACAGUGAUUGUUCAAAUUUAGAUGUUAACAUAUUGGACAGAUCAAAAAGAUGUAUCACUUCAGCGAGCUUUGGAAAUGAGUGUCUUCUUGUUCAUGCUGAUUUCCGAGAAGCAGCCCCUAACAGAAGUGAUGACCCCAGACCUGAAUACCUGGGGCCAGCAAUGACAGAGGGGCAGUACCAUGGUGAUCACAGUCUGGGAACUGGGAGCAUCCAGCUUGCAAGCAAAGGAGAAUUGGCUUUGCAACCUGAAAAUAGUUCGUCUUAUCAAGAUGAGGAUGAAAUGAGCAUUUUUGAAGAUGAAGGUCAUGAUAAGAGGGCUUUUGAAAGAUCUUUGAGUCAGGAAGAUCUCUGUGCAGAUACUGGGGCCAUCAUAGCCCAGGCCCAAAUCUGUGAUUUAACUCAUGCAGUGCGGGCAAAAACCGUGGAGGGCUUAUGUCAAAGAACAGAUACACAGGACCUCAGGAGUUCGCAGAAAGUGCCCCAGAACAAUGAGUCUCCUGGUGGACCCAGGUGUGUUCAGAGUAACUUUAUGUCCUCUGCAUUUAUUUUCACCUGCACUGAAGAAAAAAAGAGUGAAACAGGCCAGAAUCAUAAAGCAGAAGAUGAACUAUGUGUGAAGAGUUCAGUUAGUGGCCCUCACAGACUAGAACAUACCGAAAAACAAUCCCUAAAGUCUAAUCACAGAGAGACAAGUAAAAAUGACAUAGAAAAUGUCAAGUUAGACUCUAAAACAAUCUUCCACUGGGAAACAAAUACAGUAAAAUGCAAGACAGUGCCUGGUCAGGAUGUAUUGGCUUGUGCUAGUUCUAGUAUAACAAAAACCCCUGAUUUUGAAAUACUUCAAAUAGAAAAAUGUGAUGAAACCUGCAGAGUGAAUGACAGCCAACACAAAGAUCUUCAUCUUGUACCACCUCUGAGUUCAGGUAUGCAGAUGGCAGAAGCACAGGAGACCUGCUCUUUUAACUGUGGUGGAGAUCCAAGACGGGAGCAGGUUUCCACUGAAGUCUCUGAUACCUUAAAUACUGGUGUGGUGGCAGGACACAAAACAGAACUGAUAGGGGAAGAGGUGGAAGAGGGACUUUCCUGGGAGAAAGACAGUGACUCCAACAGCAGCUAUUGCAGAGGUCCAUGUGGGACAAGCAGACUUGCACACCACUUCACACAAAGAAAUGCCAGAGCCACAGUUACAGGCCCGGCUUCAAACGAUGAAGUGGGUUUUGUGGGAAGUUCAAGGGUGAAUUUUGGAGAAAUAGAGUUAUGUGACGCUCUUGCUGACAAUUCCUGUUUGGUUAGUGUGGAUCCGGCCCAAGUGGACAAACAUAUAGCUGUUCCUCACGAUGUACUGCAGGCAGUUCCUGUCAUACCAGGUGGCAGCAAAGAAAUGGUAGUACCAAGUAGUGGGGACCAUGUUUUAUUAAUCUCAGAAGACACUAUAAAUACAUCUGAAAACCCCUCAAAAGAGGAUUUGCAGAGCUUCCCAGAGGAAUUGUAUUCCCAGUUUUUGAAUGAACUUUCCUAUUAUCCAGUGGGAGGAUUGUCAGGUCAGAUGUUUUCUGAAAGCCUGGCAGGUGGUGGUUGUCGAUAUCCGGUGGGCUGUCUGUGGACUAACACAGUUGUGAAAGGUGAACUAGAGGAUGAACAAAUACUUAUGGGGGACCUGUACAGUCAGCCACAGGACUUCAAGAUCACUCCCUUUUGGAUGGAAAAGCUCCAUUAUCAGCUACCAGUCGCAGAAGAUGGUGUUAUUUGGGGAUGGCAGAAUAGUAGUGCACAGUUAGUACCAACAGCCAAGGUUUCGGAGCUAAACCCCAAUGCAAAAGUAUGGGGGACACCUGUGUUACAUUUGGAGGCAGGUAGUGCAUCAGACAGUGGUGUGAGUGCAGCCUGGGAGGACACCUCCUGCCAGCGUCCCAACUACAGCCAGGAGGAAUUGGAUGCCAAUGGUGAUGGUGACAAAAGUCAUGAAAAUGCAGCACUGUCAGAGUUACAGGAGUUGGACCAAACAGCCAUGAAUACUUUGGCUCUGGAUCACUCUGAAUAUGAGUCUCUGCCUGAAAACAGCGAAACAGGAGGAAAUGAGUCUCAAUCAGAAAGCCAGGAAGACCCCCGAGAAGUACUUAAAAAAACAUUGGAAUUCUGCUUAUCCAGGGAGAACCUUGCUAGUGACAUGUACCUUAUAUCGCAGAUGGAUAGUGAUCAGUAUGUGCCAAUCACCACAGUGGCUAAUCUGGACCACAUCAAGAAGCUCAGCACUGACCUGGACUUGAUUGUCGAAGUGCUGAGAUCUUUACCUUUAGUCCAAGUGGAUGAGAAGGGAGAAAAAGUAAGGCCAAAUCAAAAUCGUUGCAUAGUAAUAUUACGUGAAAUUUCUGAAUCCACCCCUAUAGAAGAAGUAGAAGCACUAUUUAAAGGAGAUAAUUUACCAAAAUUUAUAAACUGUGAGUUUGCCUAUAAUGAUAAUUGGUUUAUUACAUUUGAAACAGAAGCUGAUGCCCAACAGGCUUAUAAAUAUCUGCGAGAAGAAGUCAAAACUUUUCAAGGAAAACCAAUUAAGGCACGGAUAAAAGCAAAGGCAAUAGCUAUAAACACAUUUUUGCCAAAGAAUGGAUUUAGGCCCCUGGACAUGAGCCUUUAUACGCAGCACCGUUACACAGCGUCCUUUUACUUACCUCCCAUCUAUAGCCCCCAGCAGCAAUUCCCUCUCUAUAGCCUGAUUGCUCCCCAGACGUGGUCAGCAACACACAGCUAUCUCGAUCCACCCUUGGUAACUCCAUUUCCAAGUACUGGAUUUAUAAAUGGAUUUACGUCUCCAACCUUCAAACCCGCAGCAACUCCUCUGGCUUCACUCAGACAAUACCCUCCGAGAAGCAGGAAUCCUAGUAAAUCCCAUCUGCGCCACGCCAUUCCUAGUGCAGAGAGAGGAGCUGGGCUGUUAGAAAGUCCAUCAAUAUUUAACUUCACCGCGGAUCGGUUAAUUAACGGUGUGCGGAGCCCACAAGCAAGGCAGACAGGCCAACCUAGAACCCGCAUACAGAACCCUCCAGCUUAUGCCAAGAGAGAUACAGGAACCGGGCGGGUGGAGCAGAGCAGUCUUGAAUCCUCUCCUGGUUUAGGUCGAGGCAGGAAAAAUUCCUUUGGUUACCGGAAGAAAAGAGAGGAGAAGUUUACAAGGAGUCAGACCCAAUCUCCAACGCCACCAAAACCUCCAUCCCCGAGUUUUGAAUUGGGGCUGUCUAACUUUCCCCCGCUGCCUGGGGCAGCAGGCCACUUGAAGACUGAGGACUUGUUUGAAAACAGGCUGUCUAGCUUGCUGCUAGGAUCAAAGGAAAGGAGCCUCAGCGCAGACACAGGCACGAGCACUCUUCCCACAGCAACCUCCAGAGAGCCCUCAGGGCCAGUCUCCUGCACAUUGUCUGUGGCCCAUGAACGAACCCCUUCCCCCGACCACCUGCCCGAGGACCCCAAGGUGGUGGAGAAGCCGAGGGAAGCCCUGAGUACAGACAGACUUACUUCCACCACCGCCAGUAAAUCGGUGCAGGUGAACGGCACCACCACGGAACUGCGAAAACCCAGCUACGCCGAGAUUUGCCAGAGGACAAGUAGAGAGCCUUCAUCCUCCCCAUUGCCACCCCCAAAAGAACAAAAGCCAAACACUGUUGGUUGUGGGAAGGAAGAAAAGAAGCUGGUGGAGAGAGAGCUCCCUGUCCCCAAGUCCAACCAAGGACUACCCAGUGACCAGAGAAGGCCACCGGGCCGCCGGCCCUCACCCCCGCCUGCAGGGAAGCAUUCACACAGAGAACAGAGCUCCCCUCCCAGGUCCCCUCAGUGAGCGCCGAGGUCAGGGAGGGCUGUGAGGAGCUGAGGUCGCCACAACUAAGCACUGUCCCACUCGGUACCGAGAAUGAGCCGCUGGUUAGGAGCUUGCAGUGUAGACAAGGCCCAUGAGAUGCCUGCAAGUUAUUUUCUUCUCAGUCGGAUGUUCCCCCCCCUUGAAAAAAUCUAUUUUUCAGGAUUUAAUUAAUAUAAACCUUAUUUUAGGUUGGUGCUUAACUGGAGGUGAUGCAUAAGUCUGAUUUUUUUCAGGAUAGAAAAUGCAUUUAUCCUAACAAAUUGAUAUUUUUUAUUAAGCCUCCAUGUGGCUAUGAAUGCAAGCUAUAAAUAGUGAGUUUUUCUAAAUUAAGCGGAACUGUGCUACUUUAUUUUUUAAAAUAACUGGUUAGCAAGUACAUAUCUCUAAGGAUGUCAGACCAACAGGCAAACGGGCGAAGCUGAGGGCUGUGGGUAUAGCCUGGAGAAGGGAUGGGUCAGAGGAUACCACACACUGGCCUGGGCCGUGUACUUAUUCAGAAUCCUAACAAGUGAUCCUAACUUUUUGUAAAAAGUACAGUCCAUUUUUUAUCUACUGGGCAGAAUAAAUCUGCAGAGAGCCCCUGAGAGCCUAAAACCUUGAGUUUCCAUGCACUGCAAGCAAGUAACCAGCUCCUCACUCCAGUCUCAGUGGCUAUUAUGUAAGAUAAAUUCAAAGCACAUUGUGAAUAGAACUUAAAUGAAAACAUAAACUUUGUUGCCCACUGACAUGUUACCAUGACAUUGUACCCUGGUGGUGGUUUGUUCCCAUGAGCUGGCGGGAGGGCUGGAAGCCCAUAGGGCUCCCAAGCCUCCCACACAUUAGCCGGCUUCCAUGGGCGCCUCCCUGUACCUCCGCAUCGGCGCACGGACUGAACAUUACUUAAUCGUGAGAGAAUAUGUUUGUGGUGCCCUGUGGUGGUGGAGGAUAAGAAUUCCCGCUCUCUUUACCUCCAAGAUGAGGGUCUCACUGAUUCCCUUCUGGAAGUGCUGCACUCUGAACCCGCAUGCACUAAAGCUAGCAGUUUAUAAUAAAGUUAAAUAUAAAUUAUUUUCUUUUAAAAUGCCUAAAUUUUUUCUUUAAGUAUUCUGAGCAGCAGACAGUAAACUAAGAGUCUUUCCUGCUAAAUGUAACCAUACAAGUUUAUUCCACAAAAUGUUAUUUAACAAGACUGAAGGUUUUUUUAAAAAAAGUUAUUUCCAUCCAAUAUUUAAAGACUUGAAUUUUAUUUAAACUUGAAAAUGACUUUGCCUUAACUUUUGUAUAAGACAGCGUAGAGUUCCUGGAGACCGGCCCCUGGGUUGGCGUGAGUGGAUUGCAGUUACUCAGUGAUGUGGGAUCUACUGGCGCUAGUUUUACUGAGUAAACGUACUAGAGUAUGAGAACUAGCCGUCAUGUUUGUAAUAUACCUUGAAGAUCUUACACAGUUGAUCUUUUUUCAGAUUGUUGAAAAAUCCUGUAAAUGCAAAUAGUCGAUACUGUAUUAAAUAUGUGCACUUGGGAGUGUGUGCUUUGCUUGUACAGUUGUAAAUAAUCAGAACAUAUUAAAAAGGUACCCUAAAGAGAAAAAUCUGAUAAAAAUUAUUGAUAUAUUAUAAAUGUUGCUAUUGAGCUGGAUGUAGAUAAACUAAAUGUUGUGGUUUGAAUAUUAUUUUAAUUUGUUGAGGUUUUUCUUCCCAUUUAAACUGGUGUGUUGAGCUGAUUCUGCCGCUUUGCUACUGCAGAGGGAAGUGGACAGUCUCAUGAAAGCCUUUGGAUGUGUCCAUGCUCUUCCUAAAAGUAUGUAAAUAUGUGUUAAUCAUAGCUGGUGUGAAAGGGUUUUUGAAGUGUAAUGUAGAAAGCAGAAACUGGCAGUAUCUUCCAGGGAAGUGAAAAAUAAUCUACUACUGAAAAUCACAGGUAGCCCAGCCUGAUUUACCUUGCCAGAGGAAAACGCCCUCCUCAGAGCAGCCAGCAUCCUUUAAACACCUAAAAGUACACCGCAGUGCUAAUAUUGUGCAAAUGCCUGUAAAAGGAACAUGGAAAUUAUUUCUUUGUGGUUGCCAGAUAGCUGAUGAAAAAAUCAGAAAUAACUGACCUCUUCUGCCCGAACUAAUGAGUCCCAUAAAGAGAGUUGGAAAGGUAAGCUCCAAGCCUAGGAAUUCUUAGUGUUGUUAUCUCUGCUGGAGGAGGGAACCACGGUCAUCCCCAAAUGAUAUAAUGACAAAGCCUUUCUGUGAGGCAGUGCCUGCUGGUGAGUGGAGAGCCCAGCAGCUGCAUGCAGGAUGAAGGUGGUCACUGACCAGUCACGGCGUGGUGAGGCAUGCGCUUCAGCGACCGCUCCCACAGCCAGUCUGUAGCAUCCAGAAUUGAAACGUUGCUCUGAUGGAUUUUUAUAACAUCCAUUUUAAUUAAGCAAAGUGAUAUGCCAAAUAACUGUAUAAUGUCCUAAAAACCUUCCUGAUACUAUCCUUUAGAAUGAGUUGGCACAACAGGAACCUGUGAUGCAAAUGGCUAGUAGUAUAUGGCUUUGUACAUUUUAAAAAAUGUAACUUUUUCCCCAGCAGUAUUUUGAGGUAUAGAAUCAGAGAUACAACGAUCACAAAUGACAUUUUAACUUGUACAAUCGUGUGAUGAUGAUACUUUGGAAAUACAGGAAUCUGGCCCCAUUUCUACAGAUAUGAAUUUAAGUAUUGUAGUUGCUUCUUAAAGAGUUAGUGUCAUGAUAUUUCUGAUCAGGCCCUCCCCUGUAGGCUCAUCACCAGCUGUCACUAGCUGUAGUCAGGAGCGCUGCAGGUUAUGUUUCUCACAAGGUAAGCAGGUGAGGAGGGUGUGAGCUGUCGGUAGAGGUUACACAGAAAGCAGCAGACAAUCGAAGACUGAAGGAGAGCCAACAGAUGCCAGUUCACAAAACAGGAGCUUUCUUGAGGAUUUUUAUUUUUGUUCUAUUUUCAUUAAGACUGGAAUCAAGCUUAUGUGUAACUAUUGGUAAUUUAAGUUUCCUUUGUGUCAUUCAGUGUAAAACUGUCUAAUUUGAAAAAAUGUAGGUUAUGAAAAAUAAAGAUUUAGGCACUGUUCAA